AGAAUAAUUUAUAUCUCCCUACGUACAGUACAUAUGCUCCAUAUUCAAUCAUAUCUGCUAUAUAAUAAACGAAGAAGAAUAUAAAUGUAUCGCUAUCAUGCGUUGAAUUAGUUUAAGAGGUCUUAUCAUGAUGCGAUGGCAAUGGGAUACUUAAAUGGGCCUCGUAAAAUCAGCCCAUUGGAUCUUUCGGGUAAAAUAACCCGACCCAACAUGAUUAUCUCUUCUUUGCGAACUCUUUGUCAAUCGUUGGUUGAAAGAACAAAAAUUAAUGGCGAGACUCCUCGUCUCUAUCCCUAUGCAAACAGCAGCCUUGUCGGCGUUUUCUCAGCCUCGAUUUCCUCCGCCGGCGAGCAAUUUCGUCGAUGGAGAGGCGGAGAGAUUAUGUCUUAACCGGAGAAUCAGAGACUGUUCUGUGGUGGCGCGAGCAGGGCCCAGUACGAGUAGCUACUUGCUCGCGUUCGCUAUUCCCGCUACUCUUAUCGCCGCCACUGUUUUCACUUCAGCCAAAAUCGCUGAUAAGCUCGACGAUGACUUCCUCGAGGAUCGUUUAUGUUUACAGAUUGCGUUGAAUCAAGCGAUGAAAGCAGCAGAAGAUGGUGAGAAUGCUGAAGGGGGAAGCUCGCUGGAUGAUUUGAUUAAGGAGCCUGUGCUUCAACGAACCCGUAAACGGCCGAAGCGUGAAGUUUAAGCAAUACACACUUACGCUUCUUCCAUUCAAUGAUCCGAUGACUGUGUAAUAAUAUGUUGUGCUUUGUAUUAAGGAUUGUAGCCUUUUUGGUCACAUUUAUAGUUGUGGUUACUAAAAAAUAUAUAUAAUUUGAUUAUUUAAAA